AUGAAGACAUGCUACUAUGAGCUUCUACAGGUGGAACUGACGGCGACCGAAAAUGAGUUAAAGAAGGCUUACCGGAAAAAAGCCCUCCAGUUGCAUCCAGAUAAAAAUCCUCACGAUGUGGAAGGAGCAAAUGCCAGAUUUGCCUUGGUUAGAGCAGCAUAUGAGGUUCUCUCAGAUCCCCAAGAAAGAGCAUGGUACGAUAGUCACAAGUCACAGAUUCUUCGAGAUGACGACGAGUUUGACGAUGACUACGUCCCUGAAAUGGUCAUUCCCAGCAUCUCCGUCCAGGAGCUUCUACGAUACUUCAAUCCAUCUUUCUUCCUGAGGAUAGAUGAUUCCCUAGCUGGAUUCUACAGUGUUGCCUCUAGAGUUUUUGAAAGAUUGGCCUCCGAAGAAGUCGCUCAUGCUAAAUACCAGCAGCUCUCCAGCCAUCUGAAAUACAUGGAUGACUCUCCCAAUGUGGCUGCCUUGGAUGAAUCUGUCCUCUUGUUUCCUAGAUUCGGGAACUCCCACGCAGACUACGCCAGUUCUGUGAGGAAGUUCUACAGCACAUGGGGUGGCUUUCUGACGGUCAAAUCGUUCUCCUGGAUGGACCAGUACCGGUAUUCGGCUGCUCCUGAUAGAAAGACAAGAAGGCUCAUGGAGAAGGAAAACAAGAAGUCUCGGGACAACGCCAGAAAGGAGUACAACGAGACCGUCAGGCGUUUUGUCACAUUUGUCAAGAAAAGAGAUCCUCGUGUUAAGAAGGGUGUGGAGAAGUUUGAAGUAUCCAGAAAGAAGCAAGAGCGAGAGAAUCUAGAGAAACAAGCCAAGCAGCAGCGCAUCCAGCAGCUCGCAGAGAUGAAUGACUUUGAGGUUCAGGACUGGCAGAAGUUCAGCAGUGAGGAGCUAGAUGAGCUUGAAGAGUUGCUCAAAGCAGAAUACGAGUUGGGCAGUGAUACCACUACUGAUAGCGAGUUUGACGAAUUUGCAGACGCCAACGAGAACUUAUUCGACUGCGUGGCAUGUAAUAAAACGUUCAAAUCUCAGAACCAAAUGGAUGCCCACGAGCGCUCGAAGAAGCACAAGCAGGCUGUGCAAGAGCUCAGAGAAGAAUUGCUUCGAGAGGGGGUUGAGUUGGGUUUUGAUAAUGGGGGUGACUUUGAGUCAUCGGAGGAUAUAAAUGAUGAAAUCGACCAGGAGGUUUCUGAGGCGGUUGUGGUCGAGUCUGAAGAACCAAAAAUGGAGACGGAUCUCAACGACUUACAAGUGGACGACGAAAUCAAUAGUGAAGAAAGCGAGGACGAGGAGGAAGAACUCAAACCCAAGAAGAAAUCAAAGUCAAGACGUUCUGCGAAAACUCAGAACCUUGAUGAUGAGCUUGCUCAGCUCGCUAAUGGAAUGAAGAUAGAUGACGACGAGGACGACUGGGAUACAGGCAAGAAAAAGACUAAAAAGAAGAAGAAACAGAAGUCGGAGGAGCCAACGAGACAAGAGCCCAUUCCAGAGGCUCCAAAGGUUGCCUCAGAGAUUUGUGGGGUCUGUGACGAACCAUUUGCAUCAAGAAAUCAGCUCUUCAAGCAUAUCGAAGAUUCGGGCCAUGCUACCGCAAAGAAGUCUAAGAAGAAGUCUAAGAAGAAGGGUAAAUAA